GCACCUGAGCACAGCCUAGCCCAGCCUAGUCCAGCCCAGCACACUAUCGCCAUUUCAACAAUUAUUUAUUAUACAUAACACCGAGGCACCAUCAUCUGUCACUCGUUCAUUUAUCUUACUUCCCCGUCUCCCCUCUCCUCCCCCUCUCCUUCUCCCCCCCCCCAAAAAGCUUCCCUAUCUAUCUACCUCCUCCUCCUACACCACCACCAAAACAAAUAGUACUAGUACUAGUACUAGUACUACUACCACAUCACACCACAUCACACCCAUCACCAUGUUCUGGUUCUCUUCCCACCAGCAACAACCCCAAUCUCCACCACUUCCUCCCCUCUCCUCCUCCUCCCCCAAGGCCCAAAUUCGUAGAACCCUCAAGGCCCCUGGCCGUCCCAUCGCCAUCCGCAAGGACCAUAUCACCGACACCCAGACACUCCUCAUCGUCCGCCCCCAGGGUGAUGCCCAGUCCGCCGUGGCCUACAAGAUCCAAGAUGCCGACGGCCUCACCCUCUACACCGCCACCGGUCGCAAGUUCAGUGACCGGCCCUGUCGCGAGUUCCGUGACGCCUCCGGGCUACCGCUGUUCGAGCUGCACCGCAAAAUCUCCUUCAAGAACAACUGGUCCGUCACUCUGCCCGGCAGUCCCAUCGCCAGUCGCAUCGCCAAGGGCGCCCUGCGCCGCUCAUCGUUCAGUACCGCCGGCUGGGGGAAUUUCACCAUCACGUUCGACAACGUAGCCGCCGCGGAGGGGAAACGCCCCGAGGAAUGCACCAUGACCCUGGAGGUGCAGCGCCAUGGGAAUGUGCUGGCGCUGUUCGACGUGAUCGACGGGGAUCGCAAGAUCGCCGAGGUGAAGGAGAGUAUUCGCCAUAACGAAAAACUGGCGCUCCUGCCCGCCUCUCGCUAUGGCUACCGCCCGGUGCUGGAUGUUAUUGUCACCCCUGGGGUGGAUAUGGCCCUGGUUGCGACCAUUGCUGUCAUCGCCUCGGAUACUGUGUUUGCCUCGAAUUACUGAGGCGCACAGACACACGGAAAGAAGAAAAACAACUACUACUAUCUCGAAUGGGACGUAGCAGCAUGAGACAUGAACUUGAUGACUCGUCUUUUCUUUCCCUCCCCAUUUCUUUUCCCUCCCUUUCUUUGCCCGGCUCGGUUGUUCUUAUGGGCCCACUUCCAGGCUUAUUCAACAGCCUAUUCAACAUAUUAGCGGGCUAUGACUUAUUCGAGGGCGUCUGUGCGGACUC